GUUUUUUUCGGAGACACGUUUACUAAUGUAAUAAGCCAAAUUGAAUGAGGAAUUUCACACAGAUCGACCCGUGUAUAAUUAUUGUGAUGUAGGCGAAAGAAAGAAGUGGCAACAAUGAUUUCUGAUCUGAUCUUGUUUGGGACCUUGAUGGUCAAUGCUUGUGCAGUUUUGAACUUUAAAUUGAAAAAGGGACAGGGACAACCUGAUACAUUUGGAGCCAUUGUAGAGCCAACUGUUGGUGAUAAAGUGCGAGAGUUCCUGCUGAGUUUGCGAUACUUCAGGAUCUUCAUAGGAUUGUGGAACCUCUUUGUUAUGUUCUGCAUGCUAGUGUUCUUUGGACACUGAGGAUGAAGAUCAAGUCAGUGAUAUAAGUGGGUUGAAGACAGCUUAUAAUUGGAUGAUGUUUACAAUGGUUAACUGUCCAGUUUGUAAACACGAUAUUGUGUAUAUGUUCAUGUGGACUCAUCAAUGGCGGUAAUACAUUUGUACGUCAUAUAAAAUAUUCUUAGUUUAUUUAUUUCAUAAAUAAAUGUUUUGAUAUCA